AUGAUUCAAACAUCAACAAUUAUAAAUAAUCCAUCAACAUCAAAUUCAUCUACUUUAAAAUCAAAUAAUUUUGAAUCAUCAUCAUUUAAUUCUAUUCACUCAUCUUCAUCAUCUAAAAUGACAUUAAAGGCUAUAAGUUCAGAUCAAGAUAAUAAUAUUGAAACUGUGGGUAAUUAUAAACAUCAAAAAAAUCAACCACAGUCAUCAUUAACACGUCCUAAAUCUACAUCAAAUGUAUCAUCAUCAUCAUCAUCACCAUUAGCACAACAACAAUCACAACAACAGCCACGAAACAAUCUUACCAUAACUACAAGUAAUACUACCAAUUUGAAAAUUCUAGAUACAAAUUUUAAUCAAGAUCACGGAUGUUUUGCAAUUGGUCAUGAAAAUGGAUUUUUAGUAUAUAAUACAGAUCCAAUAGAUUUACGAGUGAAAAGAAAUUUUAAUACCAACUUAAAUCAACAACAAUCAGUUCCAAGAAAUAUUUCAUCUUCUACUUUUAAUGGUGGUUCAGGUAUUGGUCAUAUUACAAUGUUACAUAGAACUAAUUAUUUAGCAUUAGUUGGUGGUGGUUUAAAUCCAAAAUUUCCAGAAAAUAAAUUAAUUAUAUGGGAUGAUUUAAAAAGAAAAAUUAGUUUAAGUCUUGAAUUUGAUCAACCUAUUCAAAAAGUGUUAUUAUCAAGAAUUAAAAUUGUUGUUGUAUUAAAAAAUCAAAUUAUAAUAUAUGGCUUUACAUCACCACCUAAAAAAUUAAUGUCAUUUGAAACUUCACAAAAUGAUUUUGGAAUAGCUGACUUAUCUGUAUUAAUUACUACAACUACAAAGGAUUCAUCCUCAUUGAGACCACAGAUAUCAAAUAAUCAUACUUCAAGAGGUAGUUAUGGAUCAGUAUCAAGUAAUUCAUCAAAUAAUUCAGUUGGUUCAAAUACUUCAAUAACUAGUAUAAUAAAUCACAACAAUUAUUUAAAUCAACAACAGCAAAGUACAAUAUUAGCAUUUCCAGGUAAAGCAAUAGGACAAAUACAAAUAGUAGAUAUUGGACAAUCCUCACCCAAAUCAAACACUUCAAUAAAAACAACUAACAACACAACAACUACAACACCACCAUUACAAUCCUCUAUAAUAAAAGCUCAUAAAUCACAAAUUAGAAAUUUUUGUUUAAAUAAAGAUGGAACAUUGAUAGCACUGGCAUCAAUAUUAGGAACAAUUAUACGAGUUCAUUGUACAAAAACUACAAAUUUAUUAUACGAAUUUAGAAGAGGAAUAGAUAAAGCAGAUAUAACAUCAAUUAAAUUUAAUCAUGAUAGUACCAAAAUAGCAGUAUUAUCAGAUAAAUAUACAUUGCAUAUUUUCAACUUACAAUCUCCACCAACACCAACACAAGAAUCAAAGAUUUUCAGUUUCAUUCCCAACCCUAUAAUCCCACAAUAUUUUAAAAGUAUUUGGAGUAAUUAUAGUAUAAAUACUUCGAAAUUCCAUACUAAUGAAAAUGAAUUAGAUGUUGGAGAAAUUGGAUGGAUAAAUAAUUCUCAAUUAUGUAUUAUAUGGCAAAAGAAAAAAAUUUGGGAAAAAUAUUCCAUAGUUGAAAAAAUUACUAAUGAUAAAAAUGUGGAAUAUGAAAUUGUAAGAGGUAGUUGGAAAUCAUUAGAUAAUGAAUAA